GUCGCUAUUUGAUUACAUGUUUUGCUUAGCCGUAAAAGCUGGUUAACGUGUCUUUUAGCCAUCUUUUAAAAUAAGGUUGAUCACAGACCAAAUUGUUUACGAUUAGUUUUAUAAUCAGUGGUAUUAAUUAUGUUUCAAUCUAGUAUUUCAUUAACUUUAUUUUUAGUUUUUAUAAUUCAAUUGGCUGAUUGCCUUUAUUUCCAUAUAGGGGAAACCGAGAGAAAAUGUUUCAUAGAAGAGAUACCAGAUGAAACUCUUGUUGUAGGAAAUUACAAAUGUCAACUAUUUGAUCCACAAACUGGUGGUUACAUGCCAUCAUCACCGGGAAUUGGAAUGCAUGUGGAGGUUAGGGAUCCUGAUGAUAAAAUAAUGCUAUCUAAGGUUUACAGCUCUGAAGGACGAUUCUCAUUUACAUCUCAUGUUCCUGGUGAGCACGUUAUCUGUUUGUAUUCAAACUCUACUCGAUGGUUUGCUGGUUCUCAGCUAAGAGUUCACUUGGAUAUUCAAGUUGGUGAACACGCUGUUGAUUACGCUCAUGUUCAACAGAAGGAGAAACUCAGCGAAUUGCAAUUACGUGUGAGACAACUUCUCGAUCAAGUCGAACAGAUCACAAAAGAGCAGAAUUACCAGAGAUAUAGAGAGGAAAGGUUUAGACAGACCAGUGAAAGUACCAACUCGAGAGUUUUAUGGUGGUCUUUGGGACAAACAAUCAUUUUGCUCGUCAUGGGAUUCUGGCAAAUGAAACACCUUAAGAGUUUCUUUGAAGCAAAAAAAUUAGUAUAAAAGAUCUAUCAUUUAAGAUCCACGUCAAUCGAUCUUUUUCACUUGUCAACAUCUGUAUCAAUUAUUAACGAAAAGGGAAAUUCUUUUCUUAUGUACGGUGACAGAGCCUUAUAUAAAAUCUUUUAUUUUAA